UAAGGUGGGCGGUGGGCGGUGGCGACGGAGAAAGCAUACAUUAACAUCAACCACCGUCCGGAAAAGAAGACAACAGCAAAACAAAGAUUUAAAAUAGGAAAACAAGGAAGAGAGAGAGAACAAUUUUUACAGAUCAGUCGUAUGGUGGUAAGUGCACAAAUAGACAACCAAAUGAUAGCCUCUGUUCGUAUAUAGGGAUGGUGGAGAACCAUCGGAUGUGCUUCUUUUUCUGACCUCCACCAUUCUUUCCACCACCAUACUCGAUCCAUCCGAGCCCUGCCCUCGCCUCCGCAGGUAUAUCUAUCUUUCUCUUUUUCCUCGCACGAAGAUGUAUUCUGGGAAAUCUUCCCCUUGCCUUUCUUCGGUCUCGCGACGACGGAUCCUCCUCCGCAUCCUAUGAGGCGUGCGAUUAUUCUAUGACCUGAAUUUUCUGCCGUCUCAGAUUUCGGAUCCGUUGUCACCUACCGGAGGAGGGCUGUCUGUGGAGGGCGAGCGGCAGGAAAGAUGGGUGAGAGUGAGGCCAUAGCCGCUAGAUAUUGGUGCCACAUGUGCUCUCAAUUGGUGAGUCCGAUCGUGGAGAUGGAGCUCAAAUGCCCACAUUGUAACGGUGGAUUCGUGGAAGAGAUGGAUGCGAGAGGAGACAUGGACGAUCAGGCCCUCUCCCUGUGGGCCCCGAUCUGGCUCGGAAUGCUCGGAGGUGGCUCCUUGCGCCGCCGGAGAGUUCACAGGGAAGAGGAGAGGGAGAACUCGGACCCGGACGGAGACCGCCAAGUGGAGACCAUUCGACGAAGGCGGAGGAGGACCUCCGCCAUCCUUCACUUGCUCCAUGUCCUCCGGGAGGGGAACCGACGGGAGUCCGAUGGGGCCGACGCCGAGAGGGAGAGCGGAAGGCGUCGGGAGAGCCUCAUCCUCAUCAAUCCUUUCACCGAUCCCAUAAUUCUGCAAGGAUCAUCGGAUGCCAACCAGCUGCUAAGCCACAGCAGCAGCACCACCGGCGUUUCUCCGGGAGACUACUUUCUUGGCCCGGGUCUGGAUCUUUUGUUGCAGCGUCUAGCAGAGAGCGAGACGAGCCGGUACGGGACGCCGCCGGCUCUGAAAGAGGCCGUGGAUGCAAUGCCGACGGUGAAAAUCGAGAAGAAUACGAGUUGUUCGAUAUGCUUGGAGGACUUGGAGGUGGGUGAUGAGGGCAGGGAGAUGCCCUGCAAGCACACGUUCCACAGCGGUUGCAUCUUGCCGUGGCUGGACCUCCAUAGUUCGUGCCCUGUUUGCCGGUUUCAGAUGCCUGCCGAUGAAUCGAAGGUGGUCCCUAGCGCAGGCGGGAGUGUCAGCAGAGAGGGCGUCGGUGGUGGGGAAAGCCUUCCUUGGCCUUCCCAUCGCUUGUUCUCUUUGCCAGGGUCUCAGAGCAGCAGUAGCAGCUCUGUUUCGUCGCCCCCAUCAUCGUCAUCAUCGACCUCAGGGAGUAACUCUCAGCCAAACGAGAAUUGAAGAUGCCGCUGCCUCGAGGGUUUUUUUGGGUAGCUUCUUGUACAUAUAUCGUUUCAUCUGCUGAUUUAGCAUGCCGAAAGAAGGAACGAAACUACAUGCACUGUUCGAUUCUCGA